GAUCGGGUUUCCAAGGAUCAAAGGGAUAGARGGAAUUCUAUGUAAAGAUUCUAAACUAAAAUUCUACCGGUUCAUGAUCAAAGACAAUAAGUGGCAUGUUUAUUUUACUUGUUACUUCAAUUCCUGUUCAGCUGCAAACGAGGUGGAUUAUUAUGCUAAUGGGAAAAGGAUGUACAAAUGAUGAGUGAUUCUUAGCGUUUUAGCAGUGUGCAUCUUUGCCCAGUAUUAGUCAUCRUAUCAAAGAGCUUUCAGCUAAGCCAAGCAGUCUGUUCCGAUGUACUGUUCCAGGACGAUGCCAUUUCUUCUGCUGCUWCAAGUGUUUUCUAUCUUACUCCACUUAACAGAGCAAAACAUGAAGGUUUACAAAGAUUGUCCUCCAUAUGGGACAGUAAUCACGAGUAGUAACGGUACCAUCCAGUCCCCUAAUUACCCUGACAAGUACCCAAAGAACCAUCGAUGUGGCUGGACAAUCGUCGUACCACAGGACCAUGUGGUACAUAUUGUGCUCAAACACCUUGAGAUUACACAGGCGUUACAGCUUCCAUAUGGCUGCAGGGCAGGCUUAAGGGUAUUUGAUGGUGGUGUUGCUUCUAGUCCAAUCCUUAUUGAAAGAUGUGGUAGAUGGCAACCAUUUGAUUUUUACUCAAGUAAUCGCCGAGUUUUGUUGAUAUUUGAUUCAGACGAGACUCAGUCUAAAGGCUUUGAUGUUGAUUUUUAUGCUGUGCCUAAUACCAGAAUAGGUUGCCCAUUAUCUGYAGUCAACAUGUCUGUCGCGGUUGGUCAUCCAAAGUACUUUACAACUCCACAAUAUCCCAGCUUAUAUCCUCCCAACCAARAGUGUAUAUGGCUAAUGAUCGCUCCCGAAAACCACGUGAUCGUUUUACAAUUUGUGGACUUUAACUUGGAAAGUUCGGCAUCGUGUACUUCCUUCGAUCGUUUGAUGAUAAGAGAUGGUGCUGAUUCAAAUAGUYCUGUUAUCGCAAAGCUAUGUGGGUACGCAAAGCAUUGCCCCAUUAAAUCGACURGUCGUUAUAUGCGGGUCCAGUUUAUAAGUAAUCAAUAUUACAGUUUUAGUGGCAUAAAUGCAUCCGUUGAAGCUUACUCAAAAGACAUUACAAAUCCUCUCCCGAUGACCUCCCUAUAUGCAACGAAAAGUGGCUAUUUUAAAGCAUCCAGCAGGCCUAUGACUCCAACUGGUACACCGAACAUGCGCACUAGUUGCCUUUGGAACAUAAGGGUCCCACAUGGUUCAAGGGUGAAUUUGUCUAUUACCGUCCAAUUGAAUACAUUGUUAUUGGUUGACAAUUGUACUAAAGGUCGCGUGGUGAUAUUUGAUGGCCCUAACAUCCAUAGUCCUGUCCUUCUACAAGACUGCGGUAAACUAGGAACUGCUCAUGCGUCAUCAAAGAGUAAUCAUGUCCUUAUUCAGCUUGUUAUCGACCAGGAAGCAUCGAAGAUUGAUUUCCAGGCGACGUUUCGCAGUAUAAAUGCCAUAAGUAUUAUGCCAACAAAAGAAGUUUACGUUAAUACAACAAAUGUCAUGGCAACAGUCUCCACGACAACCAUAGCCAACAAGACCAACAGCAGAGCUGAGAAAACCCGGUCGUCCACCCACACGUUUAUCGGGGUGGGAUUGGGUUUAGCAGUAGUUGUUAUGGCUGCCAUYGCUUCAAUUGCUUACAGAAUAAUCUCAAGGAGACGAAAAAGACUCUCUGACAUGUCUCUAAAUGAGAGGGAUCCCUGGGAGGUAUCGCUCAGUCGAGUAGAGUUAGUGCAGGAGCUCGGUCAUGGAGCGUUUGGCAAAGUAUGGAAAGGAAACAUGGACAGUAAUGUCAUAUAUAAACCUACCAGUCAAACAGAGAACAAACAGCAAACAAUGAGAACAAACAAUGUCGCUGUGGCAGUGAAAAUGUUGCAUGAUGGCGCUUCUUCAGACGAACAACAAGAUUUCCUUCGUGAAAUCGAGUUCAUGAAGAACGUUGGUUACCAUAGAAACAUCAUCAGUAUGGUUGCUUGUUGCACUAAAGAGGAGCAAGUUUUUCUAGUUGUGGAGUUUGCAGCACACGGAGAUUUGCUCAACUUACUCAGAGACAAGCGCAAAAAAGCGUGCGGAAAUGAAAACGAUGAGUGUCAAAGUGUAGAAAGUUUGUUGGACGAGUUGAUGUCUUUUUCGUGGCAAAUUGCACGAGGAAUGGAAUACUUGUCGUCAAAAGGCAUCGUUCACCGUGACCUCGCUGCUCGUAACAUUCUCGUUGCUGAAGACAUCGUCAAAGUGGCAGAUUUUGGUCUGUCUCGUCACGUGACUUACGAGGAUCAAGUGUACCAGGCCCAGGGACGUCGUAAGCUUCCUUUGAAGUGGAUGUCACCUGAAGCAAUUUACGACCAAAUUUUCACCUCCAAGACUGAUGUAUGGUCAUAUGCCGUGGUACUUUGGGAGAUUUAUACUUUGGGUGGAGUACCAUAUCCUACCCUUACCAACAUACAACUAGCGCAGGCUUUAAGAAGGGGAUACCGAAUGGAAAAACCUGACCUUUGUCCCGAUGAAGUACACCAUCUAAUGAAAGAAUGUUGGAAAGAGCAUGCAAAUGAUAGGCCAACAUUUAGUGAUGUCAUAGAAAUACUUGAGACGUUAAUGACACAAGAGAAGCCCUAUGUUGUCUUCACAGGGAUCAACGAGUUGGACGACUGUUAUUUAGUGCCRUCCUUCAACAGCGCUAUAGAUUGUGAUGAUUUCAUCAUAUGAAAUCCCUGACUAAGAAACGUCAU